AUGUGUCGCGCAAGAGCCAGACUGAGCGUGAAGUCCUGGACGUCCAGCUGUUUCGCACGGUUUGUGGAUUUGGCUGUUGUGUAUUCCCGCUCCUCAUGUGACGUCGGGCCCCAUUGCAUUCUGGGUCUUGAUCACAUGAUGCCUGUUCCCUGUUGUUUAUCUGAGUGUGAUUGUGUGGGGUCUCCCGCUCGUUUGGAGAAGUUUUCCGUGUCUUAUCUCUCGGACCGUUACUCCAGGAGUGGAUUCCAGGAGCUUGGCCUUUUAUGGAGUGGUCAGAGAGGCCAGAUAUCCCACAAUGCAGUGCAGCAGCUCUCUAUAUGUCAGCAGAGAGCAACGGUGCUGCUGUCCUGCAUCAUGGCGUGUCGUUACAGCACGAGCUCCGUCCGCUCCUCCAGCGCCGCUCGACUGCACAGCUGCUUCAGAGAGGAGUCCUCCAUCGGCUCCGUCACCGACGAGUCCUGCUGCUGCCACGGUUACCAAGGUGAUGAAGAGUCCUUUGGAGGUUACCGUGGAAACCAUCAGUACAGCCGAGCAGGACAGCAGGUUGACUGGAGCCUCGGCGAUAACAUACACGGUCGCGGCGGUUCUGGUUCCGGUGUGGGCGUGGUCAGGGCGAUGGGCGACAGCUACUUCCUGUCUGCAGACGUGAGCGGAUUCGAGCCUCAUGAAGUGGUGCUGCUGGCCUAUAAUCAGUGUGUGGUUAUUCACGCAGAGAAGACGGCCGCUGAUGGGACUGUUGCGGGCCGGUUUACCCAUAAGUCUGUGCUGCCGGCAGACAUGGACCCGUUAUCUGUGAGCAGCUCGCUGACCGAAGAGAGGAUGUUGAUCAUCAGCGUCAGACGCAGAAAAUCCUCAUCUUCCACUCUCAAACUCACCUCUGACCUUCCGGGAUCUCAACACUCAGUCGUUAUGGAUUGACCUUUUUUUUUUUUUACCUUGUCCCUUUAAUCCACAUUCUUCCAUUUGUGAUAUUUCUUUAUCUCGUCUCACUUUAUUUUCUGCACUGUGUAUUUCAAUAUUGGAAAUGUCAUGCCAAUGAAGUUCAGUAAUUCUGACUCUCGAUGGAGGAGAAUAUGAACGGCAUUGCAAUAUAUACACAAUGCAAUAAAUCUUUUCUUGAAUAUGAAUGCCUGUUGAUGAGCCACUGCAGCAAAAAAAAAAAAAAAAAUCACGUUUUUCAUAUGAAAGUAAAAGUUUAUGCAAGUAAAA